GUUCUUGCUAUUAUCAAGCGGCGAGUGCAUAGUUAUACAACCUCGCACUGCCAUCGGAUCAGCUCCGAGGACCUGCUUGCUGUGUGACAACAGGGAUGGCAGUGCUGGCCUGCAAGAGAAAGGGCAGUCGUGAACUGGGGGGCUGUGAGAAGACAGCAGGAUGGGUUGAAAUCCACUGCAGGAGUGUGGCAGUAAGCUGUAAUUGAAAAGGUAUGCUCCCUCUGCUAAGGAAACUAGCUGGAUUCCCACCUGCCUGAUUGCUGUUGGAUCACUUGACAGAAGCCAUCCAUCUUCAGGUGGUGGUGUUUUGUGGCAUUCCUUUAACUGCUACGUGGGGAUUUUCUUCUUCCUUGCUCCACCAUCCCAAGAAUUUGAAGAAUUAAUGAAGUGAAUAUCAUGGUUCAUUAGUAUUUCGUCAUCCUGAAUGAAAAAAAUGUCCACACCAUUACGGAGAUGAGUCUAGAGGGAUUUGAUCUGUCAAAAAGAAUGUUAUAAUGACUUCUGGUCUUUACUAAUGUGGUAAGAGGAUGGAAUAAGAAAAAAAAAGGAAAAAAAGCAGCAGAAGAGGCACAUCGCCAAGAAACUAUCCAGGUGAGUCACAAGGACUGCAGUGCUUCAAGAAGAAUUCCAGGAAAAAAGGCAUGUGGGUCAAGACAUCUGGGCCACACCCAAACAUCCACCAUUACCAGCCCAAGAAGUUGUGAUGUUUUACAAUCCACAUUUGAACUUACUUCUCAAAACAUUGCACACUUCCUUAAAUAAGCAAUUACUCAGCUCAUUUGCACAAAGAUAAGAUAUGAUGGCUGUUUGGAGGAGGCUACAUAUCUGUCAACAGUCUCUGAAAUGGGAUCAUACAAUUCAGCUAUCCUCCUGCUCUCCAAGUUACAGUUUCUCUUCUCAGUCUCGUUGCCUAAUGGACUUAGUAAGGAUGUCUGAAACAACAAGUACCAAAACAGAGAAGAAACUCCCUCUGAAUGGGAGAAGAGCCCUCCCAUUAAACAACUCUAAUGCUGAGGAAAAUGAGGUCCCUGAAGUGGAGACUUUUGGAUUGAUGCCGAGAGGAUUUAAUCCAAAAGAUUACCUGCAUGUUGUGGAUAUUCAUAUGUUCAAGGAAUCCCAUGAGAUUAACAAGCAACAGCACCACACCGACAAGUACUACAGCCCUAAGCUGAUAGUACGGCGGGGACAGGCUUUCCACAUCCAGAUUGAUUUCAACCGACCCUACAAGCCAGGAACAGACCAGUUCUGGCUGGAGUAUUUGAUAGGCCGCUAUCCACAGCAAAACAAAGGCACUUACAUCCCAGUCCUCCUAGGUGAUGAGCUGAAACCUGGGGAGUGGGGAGCCAAGAUUACUCACAAGGAGAACAACUCCAUUCGCCUGUCCAUCAUGUCGUCUGCCACCUGCAUUGCUGGAAAGUUUCGCCUGUACAUUGCAGUCUGGACUCCCUUUGGCAUCCUCCGAACACAGAGAAACUCAGAAACCGAUACUUACAUCCUCUUCAAUCCUUGGUGCCAGCAGGAUGCCGUAUUUCUGGAUGAUGAGAAGGAAAGGGAAGAAUAUGUCCUGAAUGAUGUUGGUGUGAUUUUCCAUGGAGACAUCAACGAUAUAAAAUUAAGAAGCUGGAGUUAUGGUCAGUUUGAAGAAAACAUUCUGGAUGCUUGCCUGUUCUUGAUGGACAAGGCAGAACUGGAGCUCUCUGGGCGUGGAAACCCAAUCAAAAUUUGCCGUGUUGCCUCUGCAGUGAUCAAUUCCAGGGAUGAUAAUGGUGUGAUUGCUGGAUCCUGGGACAAUACCUACACUUAUGGGGUUGCGCCUUCAGUCUGGACGGGAAGUGUGGACAUUCUCUUGGAAUAUUACAGUUCUAAACAACCAGUGCGAUAUGGUCAGUGCUGGGUCUUUGCUGGUGUCUUCAACACGUUUCUGAGGUGCUUGGGGAUACCUGCAAGAGUCGUUACCAACUAUUCUUCUGCCCAUGAUAACAACGCCAAUUUACAGUUAGAUUUCUUUCUGGAUGAAGAAGGUAAAAUGGACACCAAAACUACAAAAGAUUCCAUCUGGAACUAUCAUUGUUGGAAUGAAGCUUGGAUGUCCAGACCUGAUCUUCCUGUUGGUUUUGGAGGAUGGCAGGUUGUUGAUGGGACACCCCAAGAAACAAGUGACGGUAUGUACAGAUGUGGUCCAGCUUCAGUUCAAGCCAUUAAACAUGGUCACGUUUGCUUCCAGUUUGAUGCUCCUUUUGUAUUUGCUGAGGUGAAUAGUGAUAUUGUUUACUCAAGAAGGGAAAAAAAUGGAGCCCAACUGAUUGAAAAAAUUGACAUGACCCAUGUUGGGAAGUUGAUUGUGACCAAGGAAAUUGGGGGUGAUGGAAUGAUGGACAUCACUGAGGAGUACAAGUUCCAAGAAGGCUCAGACGAGGAGAGACUGGCUCUUGAGACUGCUGUGAUGUAUGGUGUUAAAAAGCAAAUUAUCCAAGAUACUGUGUAUCAUCCACAGACGGAUGUCGACAUGGACUUCCAAGUGCAAAAGGCAAUCCUUGGCAGUGACUUUAAAGUCACUAUAACUUUCAAGAACAAAAGCCACAACAAUUACAGUGCUACUACAUACUUUUCAGGAAACAUAGUGUUUUAUACAGGAGUCAUGAAGAAUGAGUUCAAGAAACGCUCUUUCAGUGUGACACUGGAACCCUCCUCAUCGAGUACUUGUGAUGUUGUGAUCCAAUCAAGCGAGUACCUGAGUGAGCUGCUGGACCAAGCUUCCUUUCAUUUCUUUGUCACGGCGCGAAUCAAUGAAACUGGAAAGAUUCUGGCUGUGCAGAAAGCUGCGGUACUGGAAAUUCCCACGCUGCAUAUCAAGACUCAAGGCGAGACGGUAGCUGGUAGAGAAAUGUCGGUGAUUGUGGAAUUCACCAACCCGCUGAAGCAAACGCUGGAGAACGUCACACUCCGCCUUGAAGGGCCCAGCGUGCUGAGAACAAUGAAAAAGUACUUCAGGCAAAUCCCAGCAAAUUCUACUUUGAAGUGGGAAGCAAAAUGCACCCCAAAACGACCAGGGUUACGAAAGUUGAUUGCAAGCCUGAAUUGUGAUGCUUUGAGGCAUGUGUAUGGUGAGCUGAACGUCCAGAUUCAGAAACCAUGAACCAAGGUGCUGUCUUCAUUCUUUAAUUAGCUAUGUUUCAAAAUAUGGCAUUAGAUGGAAAAAAGAGAUACAGAGGUAGAAACUUUAUUAUUUUGGUUAUCCUCAUGCUAACUAAAAUGUGACAAAGAGAACUAACUGGAAACACUGGGGAGAGGUGGAAAAUGCAUCUGGAUCGUGAAUGAUUCAAAAUUAGAUACAAGUAAUUAAAGGCAAUUCCAGGUCAUAUUAUUCCUACAGUUCACUUGUAUUUAUGGCCCUUUGCACUAGUGCUGGGAGGGAAUCUGAAAGGCCGCAUUCACCAAAGUAGUCUGAACUUUAGUUUUAAUUAAGGUCUGAUAUUUCACUGCGGAAAAAAAAAAAAGAAAAAAGAAAAACGAAACCAGUGUUAUAAAUUCUUAGGGUGAAUUAUACAACCUUACAGUAGAUCAUUCAGGCUACAGUUAAAAACAGGUACUUCUAGCUAAAGGGACUGCUUUAUCUUGCAGUGUUAGAAUUUUCCAGUUCAUGGAGAGCUCACUUUGCUGGAAGCAUCUCUCAGGAUUUGUUAUCUUCAGAAUAUUCCCAGCUCUCUGUUCCCACUUGCCACUUCAAUACGCUUUUUCUCUUGCUCUUUCAUGUGUGUCUGCACCCACACAUACUCCUUUAUUUCAUGCCCUCAUCCCACCCUGUAUGAUGCUAUUAAUAAUGCUGUUCUUUUCUUUUGCUUGAUGAAGAUCUAGAGUUUUUCAUGCCCCUGCUCAGAGUUCAUGGUACCAAACUUUCAUUUUUCUGGUCAGUUUGCUGUGGACUGGAGGUUAGUGGGGCAGGCCAUGAUACUCCUCCUCCUAGCUCCACAGUCCUAACAAAUAUCCUGCACUGGUGCUGCCGUUUAGGAGAUAAAUUUAGAUUUAGCCACCUCAGAAAGUGCCCCUGAAAUCAUGGCUACAGCAAAAUCAGAUUGUAGUAUGUGUGAACAACCCCCAGGAGGACAGAAGCUCAGCUGAAUAAGGAAAAAAACAUGUACCAGGAGAAUCAGAAACUCCACAAGCUGGAUCUACUUCCUGUCUCGCUUGCAGCAUAUUCAUCUGUAAGGUGCAAAGGGGCCACCCAAGGCCUUGCUUUUUUCCAGAGACCCCUCCAGCCCUCUGGAGCUGCUCUGGAUGUCUGAUUUUUAUUAGUCUUCCAUGCAGGGUGCUCCUCCAUUCCAAGGCACCCACCCAAUUCUGUGGGGCAUUUUUCAUCUCCUGAAAUUCUUUCCAGGAUCUUUUUCUAUAUGAGGCAAAAAAGAUGCACAUAGUACAUUCACAUGUCCAGCUGCAGUGACCACCUACCAGCUAUGGUGUGUAAGAACAUAUCCCAUAGUAACAAACAGCACAGGUGAGCUAACUCAGCUUCCAAAGGAGCUAAAAGGAAUCUCAUGCUCAUUAAAUGCUGUGACUUUAUUGUGCAGCAUAUGGCCAAGUCAUUCUGUGGUCUUAUUAGUGAGAGAGCAAGGGUGAUGACUUGUCUUCUGCUCCCCUUCUUGCCACGUGCUGCAUCCUGAAUAACCUGUGGCCAGUUCUUAAGUAAGCCAAGAGAGGAGAGAAAGGCAGGCUGGUCUUUUGCUAGAGUAUGUGGAAUAAAGUAGAGAUUUGCACCACCUCACAAUCUGGAUGAGUAAUCUUGGAGACAGGAAUACCAGACAGUUUUGGGGGGGGCUUUCACUUCAGGCGUGGGCACACACUUGUUUUGUACAGUUAAUGUGACCCAUUAGAAACUCUGCAAUAACAGUCUCGCAAAGAAGUCCUCUGGGACACACGGUGACAACCUCUGUUAAGUGCUUGUGCAGUUCUGCUAAAGUCUACAUCAUUUAAUAAGAUUAUCUGUAUUUUGCUCUUGCACAUAAACUUGCUUUCCAUUCUAGAUUUUUAGUAGCUACAGUGUAAUAGGAAUUUAAAAUAAAGCAUAUCUGGUGGCGCUUGUAUCUUGUG